GGGGUUAGGUGUUCGCCCGGCUACAACCAUCUCUGCAACAACGCCGAGCCACGCAAUGUGGAGCUGAUGCAGCCCAUGACAGAGCGUCAUGCAUGGUCAAGACGAAGGCUGAAGUUUAUGCAGUGCCGGCAGGAUGAAUUACAGCACCCUGCAAGGCGCCGUGUCAGAUAG